CCCAAGUAUUUUUCUGGGGCGGACACUUCCUUGUGAUCUCAACGUUCGUGUAUGUUCCGCUCACCAUGGCUCGCCCCAACCUCGUCACGCUCCCGUACGAUGUGCGCAUCAAGAUCUUUCAGGACUACUUCCGCGUGGAAGGAGGGUAUGUCUUCAGUAGCGAAUCUGAAAAGCUCACCACCGCUGAUGGUCAACUGAUUGACUUCUCGUUGAUGUAUACCUGCCGCUCAAUUGCAAACGAUACCAAACAUUUACCUUUUACGCUUAACAACAUCUCCUUCUCCACCUUCUUCUCACCUGAGUGGAGGGCUUGGGCUGGCCGCCACCAGUUCCUAUCGCACUUUCUUUGCAUUCUGAAGGCAGAUCUCAUUUAUCAUCUCCAAGGCACUGAAAUGCCUCCCGAACUGGAAUCGGCAUUACAAGAAAAGUUUCCACAUUUGAUGCCGGAUUUUAAGAACCGUCUAGAGAGGGUCUAUAGCAGCCGUGGCUUUUUCAAGAAAGAUCCCAGUGGCCUCAGUGGCUAUGCCUUUCAAUACUGGGAGGAAAGUCGUGAUGUAAGCGACAUAAUUGGAGACUGGGGUGAUGAACGGGUAAGGCUAUGGGGUAAAAACGCAUCUAUGGCAAGGGAAGCUAUCGCGUUCAGUCUCCGGUUCCUAGGAGAGCGUCAAGGCCUCAAACUGGCUAGCCUCCUCAACAAAGCAUUUCCUGGCUGGACAGCCUCCCACGAUCCGCAAAAGCUCCUUGGUCUAAGCUUGGAUCCGUGGGACAUCCCAUCCAAAGCCGUUCUAACAAGGGUUGGAAGGUUAUUGAGGGAUGGGGCUAUGUGGCGGCGCGUCAAGGAUUGGAAUCAUGGGCUCCGUGCGAAAUAUCGUUUUUCUGCCGUUGCGGUAGCAAUCAGAUUCUUUCGUCAGCUUUCCGUUGAGCAAAGGCAGCAACUCCGAGGUGUCACACUCAUCGAGGAUGCAUAUGCUGUCUGCUCCCCUUCAACUCACGCCAUGGGUCUCAUUGAAUUCUGCAAAUACAAUCCAAGGCUGAGAAUACAACGCCACAUCAAACUAUGCCGCCGCAUCCUUGCCGCUUUCCACCCCUGUUGGGAUCAUCUUGGAUACUACUGUGUUGGUGGACCCCAUCGCACUGAAUACAACGAUGGGGCAGACAUUAUUCCUGAGUAUGCAGUUAAAGGUAUUUCCAUAUGGCUAGAAGAAGCAAUCUUAUUGCCAGACGCCGGAAUGCCCAGCAACUCGUACACGCUUUGCCUCGAUGGAGAACCUGACAAAACCUUUUUUUCUGACAUCUUCCAGAAUAUCCUGCUUCGUCACGACGCUUCGAUUCAAGCCAGUCGAGAGCUGUUUCGAAUGCGUCCUCACCAAUUCAAUGGGGCACCUCCCUAUCGCCGUUGGCAGGGCGGUCACCUCUCAAAGGCACUCAAGUACUUGAUCGAUCAUCACUCUAUUUCGGAAAGUAUUGACAGCGUCCCUCUCAUCUGCUCCAAUUUCCAUCCCGGUCAGCCUCUUGAUAUCGAAAGAUUUAUCCAAGAACGUCUUGAAUGGGAAUCACGGGACUGGGAACGCGACGGGUCGAGAUUGUCUUUCCAUCUCAGACAGGUGCCCUCCAACGUUUGGGCGCUGGAUUGACAAUUUAAUGGCUUACUACGAACGCCAGAACCAGCUCGAACCUUAAUGCUAUGUCUGUAUUUACGGUGAGCCGGCCAAGGUUAGAUAUAGAUGGAUACACAGAAAGCAUGAAUCAGCCGCCAGUCUAUGAACAUCUACCAGCAGAGGAGUAUCAUAACAGCUAGGGAAACCCCGAGAACUGUAACCGCAAGACGUCUAGCCUGGAAUGCUAUGUGGUAAAAGAUAAACAAUCCCAACUAGUAAUCGGCUGGUUGAUAAGACCGAACCAUGAUAAAUUAGAUAAAGGUGUUCAAAUACUUUUGUUCCAUACUGCCUGUCAAUUUUAUGUGAUACCCUUUG